AUGAUCUCCUUCAAGCAAUUGCCGCUUGAAGCAAAGGCUGCAGUGGCUGCUGGAGUUGUCUUCUUCUCCAUGAUGAUAUCCCGGACCUUACUGGCAGAGCAACUUGCGUUUGGUACACAGAGGUGGCUGCGGAGAUUACAGAUGGCACUGUUCGUUAAUGCGCUGAUGCUUAUAGGUUCUCUUUACAUCUGGAGAUGUAUAGUGACCACAUUCUACAGGCUUUCAGCUGCUAACUCCUAUUGUUUCAUGCCAUGGAAAAUAGCUGUGUUAACGUUUCUAGGUUUGGCGCACUCUAGCUUUUUUACGUUGCUGUUUCUUGUUGCAGAAGAGCCCUAUUUCUUUUCCUUAGCUUCUUACACAUGUCUAGGAGCCUAUAUAAUCCUUAUUUUCUUUCUCUUCACUCUGGGCUCUGUAGAGCAAGUUUAUAAACUCUUGGUCAGCAGAGGUGCUAAGACAAGUGGUAUCAAUAAGGGUAGUAAAACUGUCAUGAAACCUGUUUUGGUUGUUAUGGUGACAGUUGCACUGACUGCUCUUGGGUUGUUGAAUGCCUCUCAGCCUCCUGCAGUGACCUCAGUGGUGAUUCCUGUUCACAAACUGCCUUUAUCCAUGGACGGCCUGAAGGUGGUGUUGCUAUCAGAUAUUCAUCUGGGACCCACUGUAGGGAAGACUAAACUUGCAAUGGUUGUGCAGAUGGUCAAAGCUUUAAAACCUGAUAUCACUGUGAUUGUAGGUGAUCUGUCAGAUUCUGAAGUGAUGGCCAUCCGACCUGCUGUCGAACCUCUUAGUGAGCUUAAUUCCCCAUUGGGAAAUUAUUUUGUCACUGGAAACCAUGAGUAUUAUACUUCUGAUGUCAACAGCUGGUUUGAAUUACUGAAGUCAUUUAACAUUCAUCCACUCCACAAUGAGAAUGUGAAGAUCUUUUCUCCAAGGAGCAGCGAUGAUUGGUUCUGUCUGGCUGGGGUUGAUGAUAUUGAGGCUCAGGUGUUGCGCUAUUCUGGGCAUGGCAUGGAUUUAAAAAAAGCCCUAGUUGACUGCAAUGCUGAUCAUGCAAUAGUACUUCUGGCUCAUCAGCCACUGGCUGCAAAAUGGGCUCUCCAAGAUCGGCCAGACAUAAAUUUGAUCCUUUCUGGCCACACUCACGGUGGGCAAAUAUUCCCUCUGAAUGCUGGUGCCUAUUUGCUGAAUCCCUUCUUUGUUGGCUUGUAUAAAGUUGGGCAGAGCACUUUCGUAUAUGUCAGCCCAGGGACUAUGUAUUAUGGAAUUCCAAUGAGGCUGGGCAGCAGAGCUGAAAUAACGGAGAUCAUCCUGCGCUCUUCCUGA